UACUAUUUGAUUGCUCACCUGGGCUCUCCAGACAACAUUGCCGAACUAGCAGCACCUAAGUGCUGAAGGAUUGUUGAGAUGAUGUUAGAAAAAAUCUAAGACGUGAAUAUUGUGAUAGUUUGAGCUUUUUUUUUUAUUAUUGUUUCUGUUUUUGCAGGCCUCCAGUUACUUGACAUUCUGCCUAAAUUAAGAGAUCAAGAGGACGAAGACUUGAUUAUUCAAUGUGAAGCUUUCGAGGAGGCAAUGGCUGAAGAUGAGGAGGAGCUGCUGCGAGUGUACGGAGGCAUUGAUAUGAGUAAUCACCAAGAGGUGUUCACCGCACUCUUCAACAAGGUGAGCAGCUCUCCAGCCUCCCUCCAGCUGCUCUCCAUCCUACAGUCCGCUCUUUUGCUCGGGCCGAGCCGAACCGAUAUCUGGCUGGCUCUGGAGUCCAUCACCAACAGAGCCAUACUCCUCGCUCAGGACUCCCAGAUGGAGUCCUGUGAGAAGAUCAUGCAGCGGCUGAUGUUCUUCAAGGGGAGGAGCUGCGAAGGCCAUCAUGAAGUUGACGGGCUUGUGCUGAAGGUGGACAAGGCUGUGCAGACCGGUCUGGAUCAGGAGGAUGGAGACAAACAGGACACCAACACAGCAUCCACUCAGAAGCCUCUGUGUGCCUCUGCUCCCCCGCCCCCACCUCCUCCACCACCACCUCCACCUCCUCCACCACCGCUACCUGGAGGGCUGGGGGGACCUCCUCCACCGCCACCCCCUCCACUGCCUGGAAUGCCUCCACCACCCCCACCACUACCAUGUGGUCCGGGGAUGCCUCCCCCUCCACCACCAUUACCAGGAAUGGGUGGUGCACCUCCUCCUCCUCCUCCUUUACCUGGGAUGCCUCCUCCUCCACCACCUCCGCCGGGGAUGAUUGUACCUCAGAGUAGCCAGAUCCUGGGCUCCAGUACCUCAUCAAAGCCAGGCAGAUGUCCCACUCUGAAGAUGAAGAAGCUCAACUGGCAGAAACUUCGCUCUGUCGCAGAUGGUCAGUCCAUGUGGGCGUCAGUUCAGAAAGAACCGCCUCCUCAUGAGCCAGACUACGGCAGCAUCGAGGAGCUCUUCUGUCUGCCAGUCAUCGAGCCCAAAGACAAGGGAGCAGCUGCUCCUGUGAAGAAGGAGCCCAAAGAGAUAACAUUCAUUGAUCCAAAGAAAAACUUGAAUAUGAACAUAUUCCUGAAGCAGUUUAAAUGCACAAAUGAGGAAUUUGUAGCCAUGAUCCAGAACGGAGACCGAAGCAGGUUUGAUGUAGAGGUGCUAAAACAGCUUAUGAAGCUCCUACCAGAGAAGCAUGAGAUUGAGAAUUUGAAGUCCUUCCAAGGAGAAAAAGACAAGCUGGCGAAUGUUGAUCGCUUUUACACCUCUCUACUUAAUAUACCAUGUUAUCAGCUCAGAAUUGAAUGCAUGUUGCUGUGUGAGGAGACGGCAUCACUGCUGGAGAUGCUCAGGCCUAAAGUGAAGCUUGUGGAGGAGGCCUGCCAGUCUCUCCAGAUGAGCACAUUGCUACCCAGUUUCUGCAGGCUCAUCCUCGAUGUUGGAAAUUUUCUCAACUAUGGAAGUCACACGGGAAAUGCUGAGGGGUUUAAGAUCAGCUCUCUGCUCAAGUUAACGGAGACGAAGGCCAAUAAGAGCCGUAUCACGCUGCUUCAUCACAUCCUGGAGGAAGCAGAGGCGAACCACCAGGAGCUACUGGCUCUGCCAGAUGACAUAGAGAUAUGUCAGAAAGCAGCAGGGGCCAAUUUGGAGUCCAUGCAGUCAGAAACUGGUGCUUUGCUCAAACAGCUCAAUGACUCUGCCAAGAAAGUGUCAAACUCUGUGGAUGAGGUGAAAGAGCAAUACGCAAAAAUCCUUGAGGAAAACCUAAAGGCGUGCCAAAGUUUAAAUGAAAGAUUCACAGAGCUCGAGAAGAAGAAGAAUGACCUGGCUAUCUACCUGUGUGAAGAUGCGAGUCAGCUGUCGCUCGAGGAGCUCUUCGGAACCAUCAGAACUUUCAGAGAACUUUUUAUCAAGGCACUAAAGGAGAACAAAAUGAGGAAAGAACAAGCUGCCAAGGCUGAGAAGAGAAAGAAGCAGCUGGCAGAAGAAGAAUCCAAGAGACGGAAGGGAGAGAAUGGAAAAAUAAUAAAGAAAGGCAUUAUGCCACAAAACGAUGGCUGCAUCAUCGACCACCUCUUGGCAGACAUCAGGAAAGGUUUCAGCCUGAGAAAGACCCGGCCAAGGUGCGAUUCGGAAAGCCUCUCCUCUAGUGAAAUGCGUAGAGAUACCUGCCCACCUGGUUCAAGUGUGAAGUCUGCAGACGAAGGAGCCGCCCCCUCCACUCCCUCCAAACCUCACUCAGAGGAUCACCAGCGCCUCGAAGGCGAAGUGAACGGCUUAAUCAGCCCGUCAGAAGACGCUGCACAAGCUCCACCGCUGAGUGCAGCCCAAGAUGGGACAGCAGUGCCUCCCAAUCCAACCCCUGGACAGCCAUCCACGAUGAUGCAUACUCCUCUGGAAAGGCCGGCAUCGCUACAGGACGAUAAAGGCCAAGAGAAACCCACUGCCUCUGUGCUGGACACAGCACCACCACCUGAGGCUGAGGUUCAACCAGGUCUGCAUACAAACAGCUUUUCUUUAGAUUCAACAGAGACUAGCGUCCUCAGUCCAUCAUCCCUGUCGGAUUCAGACCUGCUUGAGGUCGUGCUGGACAGCGCAUUGAGCCUGGUGCAUGAAGUCUCAGAUGAGUCGGGCAUUAGCAAAAGCCUCGAUAACCAAGAAGGUUCAUCUGUCACAGACACUAAUGGGAAAUGUGGUGAACUUCCCAAAGGAGAUCACAAAACAAGCCAUUUACCAAAAGCUAGGGGACAAGAUGAAGGUGAAGACAAGGAUUAUGUAACUGUGAGGACAUGCGGGGAGGAUGAAGUUUGGAGUAAGAAACUCUCGGAACCUGAAACGAGUGUAGUUGCACUCGAUGAGGGCAUCAGCGGGUGCGACAUCCCAGAUGGGCAGGAACCAGAAGAUGUGCCGUCGGUCUCUGAGGAAGUGUCCACCUCUGUUGCACCUGAACCAAAGAAACAGCUGAAGCUCUUUAAGCGAAGCAAAAAAAGAAGUAGUCAAGGUAACCUAUUCAUUCAUUACAAUAAAGAUCACACUUUGAAAGCUAGCUUCUCAAUGUUUCUUAAAAGGGAGGGCAUCCUUUCUGUUGCUUUUUACAGUUUACUUUUUAUGUUGUAUCUCUUGGUGAAUUUAUAUGAGCAGUUUUGCAUGAACUCAUCCGUUUUUGCGGAACAGUACAAAUGCAAAUAUUAAAUACUGAAUGAAUUUAA